AGUGUGUGUAGUAAGUGUGGGGAAAACUUGGCGUGAGCGAUCCUGCCUGUUAUUGUUUACGGUCCCUUUCACUCAAACUAGGUCAUGGGAAAUGAAAGCGUAGCUCUCCACGUUCCCGCUGGUUUUCCGCUCACCGCCCGUUAAAACACGAACACUGGAGGACCCGACGCGUCCGCGGGGAGCUGUCUUCUUUAACGGCGCCGAGCUGGACUGAUGCUGGUCCUCCCUCAUCUGGAUUAGAGCUCAACUGCACAGCCGCUGCUCCCUCCGCUGAGACGCUGUGGCUGCCAUGUCCAGACGAAGCAGGAACAGUCGUGCGUGGCGAUACGUCUGGGGUGGGAUCCGGCGGGAUGCUGAUGCCCGGGCUCUCGUUUUGGCCGCUGAAAGUGAGGACUGGAACUAUGACCGCCUAGAGUUCAGUGAUUCCGAUUCUGAGGCCGACUUUUCCACAGUGAUGGUCCCUCCGGUCCCCAGCGCAGUGCCCGUCACCGGAGAGUCCUACUGUGGCUGUGAUUCUCAGGCUGAGAGCAGCUACAACCCUCGCCUGCGAGGUUUUCACCAAGUUAAAGACUGCCACUGUGGCGAGGACGACCAAGAGUUUGACUGGGUUUGGGACACAAACAGCCGAUCGACAGCAACAUUAUUGAGCUGCGACAAUCGCAAAGUGAACUUCCACUCUGAAUACAGCUGCGGCACCGCGGCCAUCCGCGGCUCCAAGGAGCUCGCUGAGGGGCAGCACUUCUGGGAAAUCAAGAUGACGUCUCCAGUUUAUGGCACAGACAUGAUGGUCGGUGUUGGGACGUCGGAUGUCAACUUAGACAAAUACAGACAUACGUUCUGCAGCCUUUUGGGUAAAGAUGCUGACAGCUGGGGUCUUUCUUACACUGGUUUGUUGCACCAUAAAGGCGACAAAAUGAACUUUUCCUCCCGGUUUGGACAAGGGUCGAUCAUUGGGGUUCACCUGGACACGUGGCACGGGACUCUCACUUUCUUCAAAAAUCGAAAGUGUAUAGGUGUUGCUGCCACCGAGUUACAAAACAAAAGGUUCUAUCCGAUGGUGUGCUCCACGGCGGCGAAGAGCAGCAUGAAGGUGAUCAGGUCCUGCUCUGCGCCCACCUCGCUGCUGUACCUCUGCUGCGCCCGUCUCCGCCAGCUGCUGCCGGACUGCAUAGACACCCUGGACGUCUUGCCGUUGCCGCCGGGGCUGCGCCACCUGCUACACAACAAACUGGGUUGGGUGCUUAGUCUCAACGGCGGCACGGCAGAAGAAGCCCUGGACGUGCCCGAGCGGUCCGAGCGGUCGCCCAUCCCGCCACUGGCCGGCCCGUCGUCCUCCGAGAGCGACUCCGAGGGCUGCACGUCGGACCCCGAAGCCUGUCAGAGGAAGAGAUGCCGCUGGACGUGACUGGAGAGCUGGAAUCCUACCUCCGACCAGACAUAGGCGGGACGUCCGACCCGGUGUCGCCCGCCUGCCUCGAGCUUUCUCCAACGACAAGGUUUUCCCAGAUUGAAGAACAAUCGGCAGGAUUGGAGGAGCGGUACAACUGUCUUUCCGCCUACACGUUUUUACUGUGAUUUUCCUCUCAUGCCAUUCAGCCGUCUUCUUGUUUCCUCACAUCAGUAUCUCAAACCAGCUUCAGUAAAAAGUGGAGAUAUAUACAAAUAUUUUCUUGUCAUUUAUGUAUAUAAUGUAAUGAUACAGGGAGCUGUACAGUGUAACACUGAAUUCAGUGCGGCCAUAAUUUGGGGGGGUCCUCAAAGUAUUAUAGGGAAUUAAAGGGGGUCUAACAAAAACAUAUUCUUAUUGUCGAAAUGUGACAUGGUGCAAGGAAGUGAAACAAACAUGAAUGCAACAUCAAUUUUUUUUGUGUACUUUAACAGAACAGCCACAUUCUUUAUGCACCUCUGAUUGUAUGUUAGCUUUAUGGUUGUUAAAGGUAAAAAAUCUUCAUUAGUAUGAAAAUCCAUUUUUCAUCAGCUCUUGAAAAUGGUGUCCCUCUGCUCCUUGUUAAAAAACGAUUGAUUCUGUUUUUUCUUCAAGAAAGAAAUGAUGCCCAUUGCUGUGCUUUGAACUGAUCAUGAGAUGUCACACAGAAGACACUGCCACGUGUUUAUAUCGCUUUUCAUUGCUGUUACUCCUUCAUGUUUUUAUACGUUUUUCUUUAAGUGGCUUUCUUUCACUUCAGUCUAAAAAAAAUUUUUUGUACUGAUUUUAUUAGAAAACAGUAUUCUUGUUCUCUAAAGCCUCAUUUUGCAGUUGUUUUUUUUUAACCAAAACAUGACUAAUUCAUUUACUUUGAAGAAAACUAGUGCUGAAACGUAUGUUAAAAACAACUUCAGUGUCAUGAAGGUAAAUCCGCUCUCCAGCUCCCUUUGAGUUAAAUAUCCUGCUUAAAUUAAUCAGUCAGAUUAUGGCUUUAUGUGACUGUUUCAGCAUUCGACUACAACAGAGUUAGGUUGAACAGAGAUAGUUGAACGAUGACUGAAUGUUUUACAGUCAUCACUGAGGCAUACAGCUCUCUGGAGAUGAUUUAGGAGUUAAUCCUGAAUAUAAGAGGCAGGAUAUGACAGCUGGGGAAGAUAUGUAAAAAUGUAGUUUUUAUUUCUAGCACUAAAACAUCAGAUCAAUGUCUUGAAAUACCACAGGCGGCACCUCUGAGCCAUUGAAAAUCAUGUGAAUUCCUCUGAAUUUAAGUACUUUUAGACAAAGAAUUUCUGUUACUAUGCAACACAAGCAUUUUCUGUGACAAUGUGUGUAUUUGGGUUUCUUCAUGGAGACGCUGGAACAACACUGUUGGUGAUGGACCAGGCUCAUCACUCAUGAGACAUCAGUGACACCAUUUCCUUUGUAUAGAUCAUGAAACCACUGUGGUCCAGCAGAUGCUAUUUGUCUUCUUUCACAAUAUUUGCUUUCACAUCAAUGCACUUUUAUCUGACUGCCCUACUGUAAAUAAGAAAACCCCGUGUGUCUUCUAUGCCGUGUCAUGUCAAUAUAUAUGAAGGCCUUUACUUGCCUUUUUCUGUAUAACUUAUCAGCAUGACGUUCAGCUGAAAAUAAACAUGCUAAAUAU